GCCCCACGGCACUCGCGCGGUAGGCGAGCGGGGCGGCGCGGCGGGGCGGGCGGCUGCCCGAAGAUGCGCGAUGGCAGCGCCGCCGCCGGCCAGCGCCGCGUGCCGCACCACGGGCUCCACCUGCCUGCGCCCGCUCAGCGAGCUCCUGGGCAUUCCGCUGGACCAGGUGAACUUCGUGGCGUGCCAGCUCUCGGCCCUGUGCGCUGCUCUCUGGUUUCGCACCUACCUGUGUCCCGGGAAGACCAGUCCCGAUGUCCGGCACGCCUUUGCCAUCGUUUUUGGCAUCUAUUUCGUCAUCUUCUGUUUUGGCUGGUACUCGGUACAUCUCUUUGUGCUGGUGUUGAUGUGCUAUGGAAUCAUGGUCACCGCAAGCGUAUCCAAUAUCCACAGGUACUCCUUUUGCGUAGCGAUGGGCUACCUUACGCUGUGCCACGUCAGCCGAAUAUACAUCUUCCACUAUGGAAUCCUCACGACAGACUUUUCUGGGCCUCUGAUGAUUGUCACUCAGAAGAUCACAACCUUGGCGUUCCAAGUUCAUGAUGGAUUAGGGCGAAGAGAGGAGGACCUCUCUGCUGAGCAACAUCGACUUGCUGUGAAAGUCAAACCCUCUUUUUUGGAAUACUUGAGCUACCUUCUCAACUUCAUGAGUGUCAUCGCUGGCCCGUGUAACAACUUCAAGGACUAUCUGGCCUUCAUCGAGGGGAGACAGACACACAUGAAGUUGCUCGAAGUGAACUGGAAGCAGAAAGGUUUGCACAGCCUGCCGGCGCCUUCUCCCACUGGAGCCGUGAUAUACAAGUUGGGCCUGACCCUCGUGUCUCUGCUUUUGUUUCUGACGCUCACGAAGACCUUCCCUGUCACCUGCUUGGCUGACGACUGGUUUGUUCAUAAAGCAAACUUUUUGACUCGACUCUUCUACUUAUAUGUUGUCAUGCAAGCAUCAAAGCCCAAGUAUUACUUUGCCUGGACGUUAGCGGAUGCAGUGAAUAAUGCAGCUGGCUUUGGGUUCAGCGGAGUGGAUAAGAAUGGCAAUUUCUGUUGGGAUCUGCUUUCUAACCUAAACAUCUGGAAAAUUGAGACUGCCACAAGUUUCAAAAUGUACUUAGAAAACUGGAAUAUUCAGACAGCUACUUGGCUAAAGCGAGUGUGCUAUGAGCGGGUUCCACGCUACCCCACGGUGCUAACUUUCGUCCUCUCUGCCUUGUGGCAUGGGGUCUACCCUGGAUACUAUUUCACCUUCCUAACUGGAAUGCUUAUCACAGUGGCAGCCAGGACGGUAAGGAACCACUGCAGACAUUACUUCCUUUCUUCAAAAGCCCUCAAGGCGGCGUACGAUGUGGCCACCUGGGCCGCCACGCAGCUGGCUGUGUCUUACACAGUAGCGCCCUUUGUUAUGUUGGCAGUCGAGCCAACCAUCAGUUUAUACAAGUCCAUGUACUUUUAUUUACACAUCAUAAGUCUCCUGAUAGUACUGUUUCUGCCAGUCAAGCCGCAAGCUCCUCGGCAGAGGCGGCCUCGGACCCUGAACUCUGUCAAUAAGGAGAAAGCAGACUGACACCUCCCGCACGCUGAAAGAGUGAAAGCGUCGUAAGAAGAGAUCAGCAGCUCAAGGUGCCCCGGUGACUCGGAGGUGAUGUUUACAUGCUUCUUUUUAUGUGCAGGGAGUAUUUUAUAAAGCCUUUUGUACCAUUCAACCUGCCAUGUCCAGUCACUUUGAUAUUCAUAGACACUCCAGUGGCGUGGAGAUGGGCGGAGGUGCGGGAGCUGCCAGGGAGCCCGCUGUGCGCUGCCGGGUCCUGCUCUCUGGUGAUCGGCACCCUGAAAUCUGGGUGUUGGGACCUGACACCUGCCCCAGAAGUUAGAAGAAGGUACCUGAGGAGAGGACACGUCUUCCAGAACACCCCCCGAUGUGGUCGUCCCUCAGGAAGCCCCAGACCCUGCUGCUUGUGACUCGACUGUCCCAAACACAGUUAAGGGCUCUCUGACGACCCUGGGGGAGGCUGGCGGCCGGGACCCGGGAGCCAGAGGAGCCACCGGACGCCCUCGAGCAGACGGCGGUCAGUCAGGCCCUGAGGCAGGCGCGCCUUUCCCCCAGGGGAUAACUCUCCCCUUUGUGUUUCUGAGCUGAACCUAUAUGGAGUCAGGAGUCUCCUGCACACAUGUGCUGGGAGCCCGGGAGGGCACCGCUGCUGUCCACGGACUGUCCACUCACGUGUCUCAUCUGCUUGUCCGGGAAUGGCCCUGCGAAAACACCCAAACGUUCACACCGAAGGCAGCAGAAUGUUUUUUAAAGGAACGAUUUCCCAGAGCAGUUUAAAGUCAGGCAGAGGCAUGGCUGAGAACAGCAGACGUUUCCCUCUCCCCUCGGUCGCAGAGGUGUCUGUGCUCACGGCCGUGAGGCGCACGUGGCUGACUUUCACCUUCCCAGGUUCAUGGCCUGAUUAAAUCUUGUAGUUGAAUCGUCAUUUUGAAAAGCAGGGAUUGAAGGACAGUUUCUGUCCUAAGAGUGUACCAUGGCUCUAGCUGGGAGGACGUCUAUGUGGGAGAAAGAAACAUGUUAUUAAAAGUUGUGGAAAAUAAUAAUAA